AUGAAGCUCAAUUCUUUGGUGAGCUUCGUGGCUGCAACGGCCGGCGUUGCGCAGGCCGCUUCUUCAGAUGAUCUCGCGCUCUUUGCUAAGAGGAGGACGGCGGAUCUGGCCCAGUUCCCUGAUCCUACAUGGUUUGCCAAAAUCGAUACGUGGCUGUCUUCUCAAAAGGCAGAUGGCACUUGGUCCGAUGUAAACUACCUCUCGGGAUGUCCUGCGCAACGUGCCAACUGGCCAAUCCAGGAGCAUUGGAAUAGGCUGAUUACUUUUGGAGCUGCGUGGAGUGGUGUUAAUCCUGCCGUGUCGAGUAGUUGGGCCAAGGAUCCGAAGCUUCUUGCGGCGGUUCAGAAGGGCUUGGACUAUUGGUUUAGCAAUGACUAUACUCCAGAUGACUGCAUGGGAAACGGAGGUGACGCGUCAAAAGGUUGCCCUUGCAAUACGCCUGGUCUGUGGAAUACCAACUGGUAUGAUCAAGCAAUUUUGAUUCCUCAGCUGUGCUCGACGGCGUGUCUUCUCGUCAAAGAUGCGAAUCUUACCGAAACACAACGCGCUGGCUGUGAGCGUAUCCCCUAUCGAGCGUACGCUCUCCGAGAUGGUACCUAUGGUACCGGCGGCCGCAUGACUGGAGCCAACAUGGUUUUGGUUAUGCAAAACUCGGUCACACUGGCCCUUUUCACCGAUAAUAGCACCAUUUUGGCGGAUUCUAUGACUAGAGCCAUGUCUGUGAUGACUUUUAUCGAUGAUGCUGGAGUAGAUGGCAUCCAUCGUGAUGGCACAUUCCUUCAGCAUGACGGUCUCUUGUACAACGGCAACUAUGGCAAGGAUCUGUUGAAUGCAUUUAUUCAGCUUGAAGGCGAGGCCAUUGGAACCUCAUUUGCUGCCGACGAUAACACCCGAGAGGCCAUGUCCACUUACAUCAAAGGCGAUGAAUGGAUGAUCUACACAGACUCUCAAACUAGAACCGAGCACUGGGACUUUAAUGCCAUCGGUCGCUUUGUUUCUUUCCCUACCGUUGACUUGCAAGCCAGCGCAGAUAUCAACUUCAACGUCUCAAAGCUUGCAAACGCGGUGGCUGAUUUUACAGGACCAUACGCCGUCAACGACACGAUUCGCAGACUUCUUUCCAACGGAACCGAGAAGCUCACUGGCAAUAAGGGCUUCUGGGCAAGCGACUACAUGGUUCACCGCCGGCCUGGUUACAUCCUCACAAACAAGAUGAUAUCAACCAGAUCUUCCAACUCAGAGAGUGUCAAUGGAGCUAACCCUUAUGCGUACCACAUGGGCCAGGGCACUCUGUACUCCUACGUCCAGGGCAAUGAGUACAAAGACAUCAUGGCAGCGUGGGAUUGGAACCUUGUGCCGGGAACGACUACUCUGCUCAACCAGCCCAAGCUCCAGGCCUCCCAGGUGAAGUACGAUGGCCUGAAGGACUUUGUUGGCGUCGUGAGUGACGGCAAGUUUGGUGCUGCCGUUGAAGACUACCUCGAUCCUUUGACCCAGAAUCUUUCCUACCGAAAGUCUUGGUUCUAUGUUGACGAGGGUGUUAUUGUCAUUACCACUGAUAUCAAGAAGAAUGCCACUGCUGGAGAUGCUGCUGUCAUAACAGUGCUGGAUAACCGCGCCGCGGAGCCAACAAAGGCACUCCUCAAGACCGGCCCAGUCUCCCAAGCAGGCGAACAACACCUCACCUCAGACACUCUGUACUACGCAAACAAUGGCUACCUCUCCUACGACACACCUUUCCAGCUGACCCUAUCUGUGGGUAAGCGAAGCGGCAACUGGUCAGAGAUUUCGACUUCGACUCAGGGUGUCAAGACCGUCGACAUCUUCUCCGCGUAUACCACAAUCAAGGGCAGCCAGUUUACAUAUGGCUACUUCCCCGGCAUUUCAUCCAAGAAGCUAAACAAGGAACUCGAAAAGCCUACCUGGAAUCCCAUCACCAAGAAGGGCAUCUCGGGCAUCUACGGCAAAGACAGAGCGAGUCUCGCCUUUUGGCCCGGCGGCGAUAAGUCUGUUGCGCUGGACUUGAAGGCGCUCGGAUGGUCCAAAGCUGGCACGCUGACCUUUAAGUCUGACCAGCCGGCGGUGUAUCUUAUCAGUGCGCAGUGCAAGGAUAAGAAGAGCAUGCGCCUUGUUGUCACGUUGGCCGAUCCCACACAGAAACUCACUGUGGCUUCGUACUCGAUCAAGAUCUCGGGGCAGGGCCAUAAAGUGCGGGAUAUGGGCAAGAAGAGUGAAGGGCUUGAGAGGAGGGGUGAUGGAGGUAUUGGAUUUGGUGUGAGGCUGCCUACUGGAGGACUGGCCGGAUCGUCUGUUAGCCGCGAAGUUCUCUUGGAGUUGGACUAG